AUGGCGUUGCCGUCAACCAACUCCUCCCUCAGCACAAUUAUUCUGCUUGCACUUUUGGCAGUAUCAUUUGUUUAUGCGCAACCUAUCCGCGAAACGAAGACAAACGACCAAGCUGAGCCCGCGCCUGCUGUCCAACCCCGCGACCCGAGGCUCAUUCCUGAUACUGAACACUAUCUUGCCAACGUUCUCGAUCUUAUUGGUGUUGACCCGAUUCCAUCGGAUACCCCAACGCCCACCAUCCCAACACCAAAUGUCCAGGCUGAGCAUGGCCAGCCAGAGAAUCUCGAGGCAACCCCAGUUAGCUCUUCUGAUAGUGUCACCUUCACAACAACCAUCAAGUCAAACGACGGGAAGCCAUUCGAGAAUAUUCAGAUUGGAUCAGGGUGGAGUGGUAAGAAGAAGCUCACGGCGUCGGAUCUGCCCGUGAUCUUCGAUGCGGUAGCAAAAGAAUUGGAUCAUAGAUUCCGCGAUAUGGUGGAUAGCUCGGAUGAGGUUGGAUUAUUUAAGUGA